AUGGCGUCAGUUACAGAGCAAGUGGGCGAGGUGCUGUUGGGGACGUCCGAAGAGCCCCAGCUGUCGCAGCUCACGCGGACCGCAUUUAUGAAGCACGCCCAAAAGGACGAUGAGUCAGACGAGUACUACCUCAACGAGGACCAGUUCAUUGACGCCGUCGCGCCCGAGAGUGAAGACUACCACAAGAUCAAGCGCUAUCAGUAUGGCAUUCUCUUCAUGGUUGCCGACCGCGACAGAAAAGGCAAGGUCAGCAUACAUGACUGGUCCGUCUUCCAGAACCUGCUCGCGAAACCCGACGCCGAGUACGAGGUCAUCUUCCGCUUCUUCGAUAAGAACCGCUCAGGCUACAUCGACUUCAACGACUUCUACGACACUUGGAAGGCGCACAAGACAGACGACAGCUUGCCCUUCAACUGGGAGGGCGAAUGGGCGACUCUCUACGUCGGCUCUAAGAAGAACAGACAUAGCAUGACAUAUCCUCAGUUUGCCCAGAUGCUGCGGGGCCUGCAAGGAGAGCGCGUACGACAGGCUUUCCUGCACUUUGAUAACAACAAGGACGGCUUCAUCGAGCCUGAGAACUUCCAGCGCAUCAUCCAAGACACAGCCAGCCACAAGCUGUCGGAUUACCUGCUCGAGAACCUCCCCACUCUCUGCAACAUCUCUGUGGGGAGCAAGAUCUCUUAUGCCAACGUGCGCGCCUUCCAGAACAUGAUCCAGCAGAUGGAUAUGGUUGAGCUGAUUGUACGCAACGCAACUGGCAAAAGCACUGACGGCAAGAUUACCCGCACAGACUUUCUGAAUGAGGCCGCUAGGUUGAGCCGCUUCAACUUGUACACACCCAUGGAGGCAGACAUCCUAUUCCACUUUGCUGGUCUGGAUGAUCCAUCCGGUAGACUCGGCUUGCGAGACUUUGCACGCGUCCUCGACCCUUCAUGGCACUCCGUAUACGUAACAGGAUCUGGCGCGAUAGGCGAUGCAGGUCAAAAAGCUUUCGCUAAGACAAAGACGAUAUGGCACGAUGUCCUCGAGUCCGUUCAUCAUUUUGCGCUUGGUUCGUUGGCGGGAGCAUUUGGCGCGUUCAUGGUGUAUCCGAUCGAUUUGGUGAAGACGAGGAUGCAAAAUCAGAGGAGCUCUGGAGCAGGACAUGUUCUGUACAAGAACUCGCUUGAUUGUGCAAAGAAGGUUAUCAAGAAUGAAGGUUUCCGGGGCCUCUACUCUGGCGUGCUUCCGCAGCUUGUCGGCGUAGCCCCUGAAAAGGCUAUCAAGCUGACUGUGAACGACUUGGUGCGAGGGAAACUCACCGACAAGGAUACUGGCAGCAUCAAGUUGGCACACGAACUCUUGGCCGGUGGUUCUGCAGGUGCCUGUCAAGUGAUCUUCACAAAUCCUCUUGAGAUUGUCAAGAUCCGGCUACAAAUUCAAGGUGAACUUUCGAAGAACGUCGAGGGCGUCCCCAAGCGUUCUGCCAUGUGGAUCGUCCGGAACUUGGGUCUCGUUGGCUUGUACAAGGGUGUCACUGCCUGUCUGUUGCGAGAUGUCCCUUUUUCCGCGAUCUACUUCCCAACUUACAGCCACUUGAAGAAGGACUACUUUGGCGAGAGCCCCCAGAAGUCUCUGGGUGUACUCCAGAUGCUGACAGCCGGUGCCAUUGCCGGUAUGCCUGCAGCCUACCUCACCACACCAUGCGAUGUUAUCAAGACUAGGUUACAGGUCGAAGCACGCAAAGGUGAGGCUACUUACAACGGCCUCAGGCAUUGUGCGCAGACUAUCUUCCGCGACGAAGGAUUCAAAGCCUUCUUCAAGGGUGGCCCCGCCCGUAUCAUGCGAUCGUCCCCACAGUUCGGUUUCACACUGGCUGGCUAUGAGGUGUUGCAGCGAUCUUUUCCGAUGCCCGGAUCCGCAGUAGAAGCGAGCCUCGAGCCAUCCGUUGGUCUCUCGGAAGCUAGUGCACCAUUGCCGUACCUUCGUAGCCGCAACGCGCUCAAGGUCAUCCUUGAUUUGGACGAGAACUUUGGACGACCAAAACUGCCCGCCGGGCAAAAGUUUAUGGGUAUUCCAGGAUUUGGCGGUAAGUCACAGUCAUAA